CUCUGCUGCUGCCGCUCCGGUAGUCGCGGGGCUCGGCCGGCCGCUGCUGGCGGGGAGAGUCCUUUCCGCGACGCGUGGGCUGACCGCCCUCCAGGGCAGGCUUGCGCUCCGGUGCUGCCGCUGAAGCGAGGCAGGCAGGGAGCGGGGAGCCCCCCGCCGGGCCGCGGCGCAUCGCCGGGGAAGUUUGGUGCGGGGCGGGAUCCUGCCGGCCGCGGCGGUGGCGCCGGGUAUGAACGGCUUCGCCCCCGAGGAGGUGACCCAGCGCGGGGCAGACCCCGCCGCCGCGCCGGUGGUGGGCAGUGCGGGCUCCGCCGUGGAGGUGCCGCCGCCGCCAGCGCCGCCGGGGCUGGGUCCGGCCGCCGUCGCCGCCGCGGGCUCGGCGGGCGGCGGGUGCGCGAGCGGCCCCGGGGCCGGGCAGCUGUGCUGCCUGCGGGAGGAGGGGGAGCGAUGCGGCCGCGCCGCCGGCAACGCCAGCUUCAGCAAGCGCAUCCAGAAGAGCAUUUCGCAGAAGAAGGUGAAGAUCGAGCUGGACAAGAGCGCAAGACAUCUGUACAUUUGUGACUUCCACAAAAAUUUAAUUCAGAGUGUGAGAAAUAGAAGAAAGAGGAAAGGCAGCGAUGAUGAUGGUGAUUCACCAGUGCAAGACAUCGACACUCCAGAGGUUGAUUUAUAUCAGUUACAAGUAAACACACUUCGAAGGUACAAAAGACACUUCAAGCUACAGACCAGACCGGGACUUAACAAAGCACAGCUUGUUGAAAUAAUUGGCUGCCACUUUAGGACAAUUCCAGUGAAUGAAAAGGACACCUUAACAUACUUCAUCUACUCAGUGAAGAAUGACAAGAACAAACCAGAUCUAAAGAUGGAUAGUGGGAUUCAUUAGGCAGAAAAGGUUGGGACUGAGACUCAGGCUGCAAAUGAAAAGACUGAGGUUUUGUUGAUAUGCAAAAGCUUUCUUUGUAACUUUUUCUCCUGAGAGAGUUUGUCUGGUUUAUUUUUCAUAACCUUGCUGAUUUGUUUGAAAACCAUCUCUUAUGAAACAAAUUUCCUCAGCAAAAGUAUUUUAAAUAAAUAUCAUUGAUAUUGUUGCUCAAA